CCUUCGCUUCACUCAAAAUGUCUCAAACAUACCAGCGUCUUGCUCAAAUCACCAAGCAAGUGAACCCGAGCAAGGGUGGCAGCGCGGCUAUCCUUGAGAAGAAGCCAGAUGACAUCGUUAUAACCUGUGCUCUUCGAACUGCCAUAACGAAGGGCGGCAAGGGUGGGUUCAAGGACACUGCUGCUGCUGACCUGCUGGUUGGCGCUUUCAAGGCCUUGAUUGAAAGGUCAAAGAUUGAUCCUUCGCUAGUCGAGGACAUUGCUGUUGGAUCUGUGUUGCCCCCUGGUGGUGGUGCCACGGAGUUCCGUGCUGCUGCUCUGGCUGCCGGUUUCCCUGAGACUUCGGCCGUCAAGGCCCUCAACAGGCAAUGCUCCAGUGGUCUGCAGGCAAUCGUUGAUGUUGCCAAUGCCAUAAAGGCCGGAGUCAUCGAUGUUGGUAUCGGAGCCGGUGUCGAGAGCAUGUCUUCUCAGUAUGGCCCCGGAGCGGUCACAGAGUUCUCCGAUCUACUCGAGAACCACAUGGAAGCUGCAAACUGCAAGGUCCCCAUGGGGGUUCUAUCCGAGGACAUGGCCAAAGACCUAAAUAUCACUCGCAAGGAUCAGGAUGCUUUCGCUGCCUCUUCCUACCAGAAGGCCGUCAAGGCUCAGGAAGCCGGUCUCUUUGACGAGGAAAUUGUCCCUCUUACCGUUAAGUUCACCAACCCCAAAACCGAGCAGGAGGAGACCAUCACAGUCUCGCGUGACGACGGUGUCCGAACUGGCAUCACUCCUGAAUCGCUCUCCAAGAUCCGACCAGCCUUCGCCGCUGACGGCUCCAUCCACGCCGGAAACUCCUCUCAGAUCUCCGACGGUGCCGCUGCCGUUCUUUUGAUGAAGCGUUCCACUGCUGAGAAGCUCGGUCAGAAAAUUAUCGGCAAGUAUGUCACCGCCAGCGUUGUUGGCGUCAAGCCUCUCCUCAUGGGACAGGGUCCAUGGAAGGCUAUUCCUGUUGCCCUGGAGAAGGCUGGUAUCUCCAAGGAAGAUGUUGACAUUUACGAGAUCAACGAGGCCUUUGCAUCCCAGGCUCUCUGGUGUUCCAAGGAACUUGGCCUUCCAUUUGAGAAGAUCAACCCCAAAGGUGGUGCUAUUGCCUUUGGCCAUCCACUUGGAUGCACUGGCUCCCGCCAGGUCAGCACACUGUUGACUGAGUUGAAGCGAACAAAUAAGAAGAUUGGCGUGACCAGCAUGUGUGUUGGAACUGGAAUGGGAAUGGCCGCUGUUUGGGUUGCGGAGUAA